AUGAAGGCUGAGCCCUUGACGCAUGCCCAACCUAACCUUGCAUCGGGACUUCGUCACAUAACCCCUCUACAGCUUCUGCAGACUUCUUUGGCAACGCCUCCCUCCGUGCGCCCUGUAUACAUCCCCACACCAACCGAGUCCUUUCAAGGACUCCCUCAGUAUAAUUUCGAUGUUGGCUCUCCUACCCAAACCUCGUCGCCAACGCCUGCAUCCUCACCUAAACCGCAUUUACAAUUUGACCCACAGUACACAUUGCCGCCAAUCAAAACACUGCCACCCGAAUUCAAUAGGCGGGGCAAGAUUUCGAAGCAACUACGCAAGAAAGAGAAAGAACGCGAAAAAGGAGAAAUGAAAAAAGACAAGGAUGACUACAUUUCUAUGGGGUUGAACAGAUGGGGCUUUACUAUCAAUGCCAAUUCUGUGUGGAAAAAAGUGUCAAAGGCUACGAAAUGCCUCACCACGCGCGAUUGGAGUGUCGCCAUGGCCGAACUCCGACUUGCUAGAACCAUUGAUCGAAUCGAGGCGCUCAAAGAUGCUGGCAAGUGGAGUUUCAGGCAGCCAAAGAAACAGCGGUCUGUUGACACUAUUCCGAAGACUCACUGGGAUUACCUCAUGGAUGAAAUGAAAUGGAUGCGAAUCGAUUUUCGAGAGGAGCGAAGAUGGAAAUAUGCUAUUGCAUAUAACUUGGCGCAGUCUGUUUUGGAAUGGCACAAGGCAGGUUCCCAGGAGGAGCGGGUGAAGAGAGGCAUUUGCGUGAUGUGGCGACGACCACUGGAAGACCAAAGCACCGAGAUCGAGCACCCCGACCCUGAUCCAGGUCUCAUGGAUGUCGACAACGGUCCCCACUUGGACGAUACAAACCGAUCAUCGAUGCUGAUGCUUGACUAUGCAUCAGAUGAAGAUGAUAACGACGAACAGGAUAAGGAAAGCGUCGUUGAUACUCUGGAGACCUCGACGUUGAUUAAGGACGCUCUUCAAGCCUUCGAAGACAACGUCGAAGAAAAUCCUGGGCGAAUUGACCUUGAACCAAAGAAGGAGGAGAUCGACCUAACGGCGACCCUCGCAAAUGGAGAGGAUAUUGGUGCUGAUCGUCAAGUUACCCGAGACAGUGAAGAAUCAGUCCAAAAAACUGAAGAGCCAGAUGCUUUGACACUCGGCCUAAAAGCGAGUUCCAGUGACCCUCUUUUAGCUUCUUCUAAAUCCACUUCACAAUCUGUUUCCGGCGAACACGAACCAGCUCUACCCGCCUCGAAGUCUUCUAGGAUUAACAUGUACGCGCCCAUUCGCGAGCGAGUCGCCUAUUCAGACGCGGACAAACUCUUUCUCGACUUCGAUGAUUUCAAAAUUUCUGAUGGCAGUCCGUCGAGUGAAGAAGUCACAGAGAUAAUCCUUCCCCCUGCCGAUCUAUCCGACAUAUUUCCAGACUUACAAGCUUUGACUCUCAUUGACCCCCCUUCUGACAGUUCGACUGCACUACCUCCUACAGAAGGAAAGAAGAAGGACAAGAAAGCCGAAGAUAUACAUAGACGGGUUGAUGAAUUCAAUUACUCGAAAGUUUUCCCGGUUGGGACAUUUAUGUCAACCAAGCCAACGCUUGUCAGCGCUCUCCAGCCGGCGAAACGCUGGAGAGACGGACAGUGGCUACCGUUCGAGGAGAGCCCGAUCGUGGAAUCUGAUGCUCCAUCAAGCAAGGUUUUAGAUGAAUCAGCUAGUGAACUAUUCGGGCGCGUCAGUGUGAGAAGUCGAUCUGACGUAGAGCCAGCUUUGGCUGUUGGCUCUAGGAAACCCGAUAUUAUGUGGUUACCUAAGGAAGACGAUCUUCUCAAGAGCCUCGUUGAUACCUAUGGGUCCAUGGACAAGGACAGGAACUGUAAUUGGAAACUCAUUGCUGAAUGCUUCAACGCGUCUCGUAUCACCGUACCUUCUGACCGACGAGGACCCAGAGAGUGCUACGCACGGUGGAAGGAAAGAUGGGCGUUGUCCGAUGUGGGCCAUAAAGACCAAGAUACCCUGUUAACCAGCCCGGGAAUGCCUACCCCUGCGCCAGCUGCGCAGAUGACAACCAGAGGAGUCAAACGAUUGGCCAGUACUAGCAUAUCCAGCACGAUAGCCCCCAAUCUGCCAGGCAUGGACGUGGAGCCCAAGAACAAACGUCAUAAGACGGUGCAGGAUUCGAUGCGGAAGUUGAUUAAGCGGCGCGCGGAAGUGGCUGCCAAAAACUCUCCUCGGAAGUCCAGUACUGUCCAUGAGACACACAGCCAAUAUGCAAAGAUGCCGAAAUUGGCUCCUGCCGAUCUGGUCAGGAUCAAGAUGGAUAGAGAUAUGAGAGACGUGAAAGAUUACGCUGCUCUGGUGAAUGCGAAGGCUCAACAACAGACUCAACAACAACAGCAACAACAGCAACAGCAACAACAACAGCAAUCACAACCGCAACAGCAAGCUCAGCAAGCUCAACCAGCUCAGCCAGCUCAACCAGCUCAACCAGCUCAGCCGCCACGCGCAUCGCCGGUAUCUUUACCUACUCAAGGGAUGGUGUCCACCAGCAUACCGAUCCGUAAUCAGGUCAACAUAUCUCAGCAGCGAAUAGGUACCCCACUGAUCUCUGGAAACAAUCGACUUUCGCCUCAACAAAUCCUUCGAAAUCAACAACAGCAGGCUCAACUGGCUCAGCAACAGCAGCAGCAACUGACGCAACAGCCGAUCCCCCAGUCACAUCAAUCACUCACGACCCAGCAGAUCCAACACGCUAUUGCCGCGUUGCAAGCACAGACGGCGGCGGCUGCAGCAGCAGCAGGUCAGACCACGGCGAGUGUCAAUGUCAAUGGGACUGGAGCUCAUUUGUCACCGCCAUUCGGAGCGCGCGACGCAACGUCAUCACCUCAGAUCAAUAACAACGGCCUUGUCAAUUCAGUCAGUUCGCCACGACCCCCGUCGACGCAGCCUCCAACGCAGGUACCAGUACCUGUGCAGUCUCAGAUUCCCCGUGCGACCAAUGUCCAGGGACAUUAUUACCUACCGAAUUAUACGCCGGAGCAGCUUCAAAAUGCAAUCCGCAUGCAGGCGAUGGUGCGUGAUUGA